AAAAUCACUGACUGUGGGAAGAAAGGAAACACAACCCAUGCUCAAUCUCCUUUAGAGAUGGACACUCCUAGGAGUACAUAAAUGAAUAGGCUCCACAGCCACUGACCAUCCAGGGUGUUUCUCUGGCUCAGAAAGGGUUGGCAUAAUGGCCAAAUGCUUCAGCCUGGUGUUGCUUCUCGCCUCCAUCUGGACCACAAGGAUCCUGGUCACAUCUCUCCGUAUAGAAGAACUUUCCACCUCAGGGCCAUGCAGAAUUAUGGGGGUCACCCUUGUGAACAAAAGGGCAGCCCAGCAGCUGAAUUUUGCAGAAGCCCAGGAGGCCUGUAGGCUGAUGGGACUAACUUUGGCCAGUAAAGACCAGGUUGAAGCAGCAUGGAGGUUUGGCUUUGAGACUUGCAGCUAUGGAUGGGUUGCAGAUAAGUUUUUGGUCAUCCCUCGGAUUCUGCCAAACCCCAAGUGUGGGAAGAAUGGGACAGGUGUCCUGAUUUGGAGAAAUUCAGUCAGCAAAAAGUUUUUGGCCUACUGUUACAACUCAUCUGAUAUUUGGAUUAACUCAUGCCUUCCAGAAAUUAUCACCACCAAUGAUCCCAUAUUCAAUAGUGAAGAGGCAACAUACACAACAGAAACUGUCAGUGACAAUGCAUACUCCGCUUCAGCUACUGAUGUACCUUACUCUGCUACACCUACUCUUGCUCCUACUUCUGCUCGGGCUUCCACUACAACUAAACGGAAAAGAAAAUUGAUUUGUGUAACAGAAGUUUUUGUGGAAACUAGCACUAUAGCUACAGCAACAGAAACUGAGUCAUAUAUCGAAAAUAAAGCAGCAUUCAAGAAUGGGGCCACUGGGUUUGGAGGUGUCCCCACAGCUCUGCUAGUGCUCGCACUCCUCUUCUUUGCAGCUGCAGCUGGUCUGGCAAUUUGCUACGUCAAAAGGUAUGUGAAGAACUUUCCUUUUACAAACAAGAAUCAGCAGAAGGAAAUGAUUGAAACCAAAGUAGUAAAGGAGGAGAAGGCUGAUGAUAGCAACUCUAAUGAGGAAUCAAAGAAAACUGAUAAAAAGCCAGAAGAGCCCAAGAGUCCACCCAAAACUACAGUACGAUGCCUGGAAGCUGAAGUUUAGAAGAGAAAGAAAUGAGAGGACACACCAAGGCUGAUUUCUUUCCUGAUACAUAUCCUGGCCCCAGAUGAGGAAACUUAAAGGGCUGAAGAACCAAACAAGAAAGUCCACCCUUGGUUCCUAAAUGGAAUCAACUCAGAGCUUACCUUUGGACUAUGGAGUUCACCAAAUGAAAUUCCCUUUUUCUUACUGCAAUCCUUUCUGGAUCCUAUCCUCCUACCUCCAAAGCUUCCGACAGCCUUUCUAGCCUGGCUAUGGCCUAAUAAUAUCUCUGUGGGAGAAAGGAGCUUCGCAAAGCACAGGGACCUAAAACAGCUAAUCAGAACACAUUUAUAAAGAGGCUUCUUGGUUGGCUGAGAAUAGGUGAGUUGAAAACCAAGAAACCACCUAGACCAAGGCUUUCUCUAUUGAUUCCACAGGCCAGAUCCUUUCUUCACUCUGGAAACGUAAUACACAUCAUCUGGCAUGCCCUUCUGAGCCAGGCAAGAACAAAAGAAGGAAAGAAAAGUUCAGCAGCUAAAGGCCAGGGAGAUUCCCAUGACUUGAGACCUGAUCUCUGUAAAGCCAAAAUAAGUAGAGAAAAAAGAAUGAGGCCAAGGAUGUUGCCAGCGUAUUGUCAGCAGGGACUAAAACUACAGAUAGGGUCAAAGUAGUCAUCUUUAAAUAAUCUGAAUCAGAAUCACUUUUUAGAAUACACACACACUUUUCUUUUUCUUGCUGCUAUUUUCUCUAGAAGCAUACACUUUUAUAAGGAACCAAAACAAAUCUAUUAUAAUUUUUUACUUUUAUCGAGUUUUAUCUGAGAAAUUACUGAGGAAAAUUACUGUGUUAAAAAGCAGUAAAAUUUGACAAACAUUUAUUGAAUAUGUCAGGUGCUGGGUAAGGUAUUACAUUCUAUAAUUGAAUGUUAUUUAUCAAAAACUUGUAUACAGUAAAAUGUAUGAAGCUAAUUUUUUCAGUUUUGAUACCCCUAGCUUAUCUUCUUGCAAAACUAAUAUUUUACUAAGACUAAUCUAUUCAUUAUUUUCUCUAACAUGGCAGCCAUUAUAACCUUAAUUUAUUAUUAACAUACCUAAAAAGUACAUUAUUACCUCUAUACACUGAAGCACAUUUUUUUAAAUGUCAUUAACAAAUGUAUCACCAGCUCUCCUUUUUCAGCAAAAAAAUCCCAAGAGAUACAGAGAUAUUUGUGUCAAAAAAAUAAAAGUAUUCAGAAAAUU